AUGACUACCCAGGCGUUCCCUGAGCUAGAGGUUGUUAUUAUCUCGCCUCCAGACAAUGAAAGACGCCUACGAGGCCGUGGAGUGCGCCAGUCGCCUGAUAUUACACAAAGCGAUGUGAUUGAGGUCUCCUCCAUGGUUUCAGAUCAAAGCUACCACACCGCUGUUUUGUCCCAGGAGGAAGGCUUUCACCUCGAUGAUAGUGGAGCGCAGGCCUCGCAAGUGAUGAGGUUGCAAAGAGCUGUUGAUGAGCGAACGGGCAGAGCCAAGGACGAAGAUUUAACAGGCGAAAUUCCUCUUUUAGCUCAAAUACCCAUGUUCACAAACGGUGUCAUACAGCCUUCCGUCUCCAGAUCGAAUGGCGAGGAACCACCGGUGCACUUGUCUCAGGAAAUGGCUGACCGUCUUGUUCUCUCUUAUUUAACGAGAGAAUAUGCAAACUUGCCGAUACUGGACCUUUUACAGUUUCAGUCAGCGUACGAGACUACCAGAACUGAACAGGACAUAGCCGCAGGCCCCAGUAGUUUCCAUGGCAUCUUGAAUACCAUUUUCAGUUUAUCUGGCUUAAGUACAAACGAUGUGAAUGACGAAGACGUGACGAAUUUCUUCAACCGCGGUCAGAGGAUGUCCAGGGAUACGGAGAACAGCGGGUCUCUAUGUGAGCGUAUUCAAUCGCAUAUUUUACAAAGCCAGUAUCUAUAUGCGACUGGUAACUCAAGGUUGGCAUGGAUGUUCAUUGGGUUUGCCAUCCGCAUGGCGCAGGUCCUGGGCCUGCACUUCAAGACAGGGGGGCAUGAUACUCGAGGAAGGAGGGAUCGAGAACUCGCCCGGCGACUCUGGCACAGCGCCAUGAUCCUGGAACGGAUGAUUGCACUGCAGCUAGGGCUCCCACCGCAAACCUCCAAUCCACUGAGGGUGCCGUUACCGACGCAUUGGGACACAGACUACACCGAUUUCAUAGCUGGGGGGAACUCCACCGUCACGUCAGAUCGUCCAUCCUUGAUAGAGUUUUUGACGGCUUGUGCCAGGCUGUAUAGUCACGUCGAGGAUAUUUUAGCAUGGGAGGAUGAGCUGAGAAUGCAGCCAAAUAGUUGCGCUGCUAAGAAACUUCUUUCCUUCGAUUUCAAGAUAUUUUUGAAGGUAGACACUCUUCUAUAUGAUUGGCAGGCAUCUCUGCCAUCAUACUAUCUGCAAGAUGAUGCCGCGGGCGGUAUAUGGGAUGACCCGAUUGUGUGUCGACAGCGGAAUGUUCUCCGAGCACGCUACCUGUAUGUUCGUCUUCGACUAUAUCGGCCUCUGCUGGCCUUGGGACUGGCACUGUUCACCAAAUGCAAUUGUCGACCUGAAGGUCGCCCGCACGCUACUAAAGAGGAGCCUAGCUCCUCCACCUCCCCUGUUGUUUUCAGCAUGGUACGCGACGCCUCAACCACGAGCGUGGCGGUCGCCUUGGAACUGAUCAACCUCAUCCGUGCGCACGAAGAUAGGCCGCUCGAUGGCAGGCCAGGCGACAGCCGCUCUAAUCUCAUCUCUUCCUAUUGGGAGAACAUUGAUUAUACUUAUGCCUGCGGAACGGUCUUUCUUGCAGCUCGUCUAAGUAACUUUACCAGCUUCAAUGACAACAAUUCCGGUAAAAUCAAUGAAGGGGAGGUAGAGACGUCUUUGACGCGAACUAUCGACAUGUUGGACCAUUACCACAGUAUUAGACCAAAUGGGAAGGUGGCGCGUAUAGCACAGCUGUGCUGCAGCACAUUAAAGGAUCUCUCGGGCCUCAUUAGAAGGCCUGGCAUUGCUGACCCUACAGCCGACACAGCUGCGGUCUUGGAUGAGAAUACUCGCAAUCGGCUGCUGGAAAGGACAGGGAACGGUAGUCCUGCCCUCAACUGGAACCGGAGGCAGCCGGUAGAGGACACGCGCGGUUAUUAUGGAUGGAUUGAGAGUCUGCCUAUAGACUUGGCUGGUCCACUGGAAUGA